UGUGUAAUUUGUGAAGGAUCAUAUCAGUACCUUUUCUUGGGACUGAUUAGUCUGUCAGAUGUGCACGCACAGCUUUGUUGUUUCAUUGUCAUAAAAUGAUCAGUUUGACUUGCAUCAGAUUGUUGUGUGAUUUGGGUUAAGACACUGAAACUAAAUGUAUGGAGAUUCCUCGGGGUUAUCCUAUCACCACUGCCCUGCGAAACAGCCAGGAUUCUGGAGUGCCCACUGCACUGAGUUCCUGUAGUUUCACAAGAACACUGCUUAUCACAGGCAGCCAGUGGGUAUGUAAAACAAGACUUUUUGUUCAUCAAAGAAACUUAAGUAUAAUAGAGUAUGUAUUCAUUAUGUUGUCCCAUCUCCUUUUCUCUGACUGUAGACAUUCUCAGUUUUCAAAGGCGUUAUAUACCCUGGAUUUCUUUUAUAUGUUUCGUGGAAGUGCAAGUUUCCUUCACAUUGGAUCUGGCAGAUGGAAGGCUCUCAGGAGGCUGAACAUCUUUUCAAGUUUCUAGCUUGGUGGUGGAGAGUCGACGUCUGUUUGCCAGUGUAAUUUAUUGAGUCAUUCUGGGAGAGGCGUGGAGCAACUGAAGCAUGAGGAUUCACAUAAAUGUGAGAAGAGGGGGACUCUUCCCAGGGCAGCACUGCCCUUGUCUCUUUCAGAGGAGAGCUGCUUCCCUGUAAUGACUGCUGCUGCUCACUGAGAUGUGUGGGGCCGUGGACUAAGAGACUGAUACGUUGUGCUCUGAUCCAUUGUGCUAUUAUUUUGCAUUUCAAUUUGGAGUUAAAAAGAACAAAGUAAGAAAGGAGGAGGAAAAUUUCUGCACUAAAAGCAAUUCAAGGUAACCAAGAAUCACGUACACUGAGGACUGCUGCUUGUGAGCGUGUGCAGGAGCGCUGGGAGCUGCGGGGCCGCCACGGGUUUGUGCUGCGUGUCUGUUGGCACCAUGAGCUCCGGCACCACCGCCCCAGUGAGGGUGGUCAGCAGCCUCGCCAACACCGACGUCAACUAUGUCAUCAAAGAGCACUAUAAUUACACGGGAAAGCUAAAUGAGAAUGCGGACAGUGGAAUAAAAGUGACGUCGGUGGUUUUUAUCAUCAUUUGCUGCUUUAUAAUCUUAGAGAACAUUUUUGUCUUGCUCACCAUCUGGAAAACCAAGAAAUUUCACAGACCGAUGUACUAUUUCAUUGGGAACCUGGCUCUUUCAGACUUGCUGGCUGGCGUGGCUUACACCGCCAACCUCCUGCUCUCCGGACACAAAACUUACAGCCUCACUCCUUCCCAGUGGUUCGUAAGGGAGGGCAGCAUGUUUGUCGCCUUGUCAGCUUCUGUGUUCAGCUUGUUGGCCAUCGCCAUUGAGAGAUACAUCACCAUGCUGAAAAUGAAGCUCCACAACGGCAGCAACAGCUUCCGCUCUUUCCUUCUGAUCAGUGCCUGCUGGGUUAUCUCUGUGAUACUCGGAGGACUCCCGAUCAUGGGCUGGAACUGCAUCAGCCUCUUGUCAAACUGCUCCACAGUGCUGCCACUCUACCACAAGCACUAUAUUCUCUUUUGCACCACAGUUUUCACAGGCCUGUUGCUAUCUAUUGUUGUCCUCUAUUGCAGGAUCUACUCCAUGGUGAGGACUAGGAGCCGGAGGCUGACAUUUCGAAAAAACAUUACCAAAGCUACCAGGAGCUCAGAAAAGUCACUAGCCUUGCUCAAGACAGUGAUCAUAGUCCUGAGUGCCUUCAUUGCUUGCUGGGCUCCCUUGUUCAUCCUGCUUUUACUGGAUGUGGGCUGUAGAGUGAAGACUUGCCCGAUCCUGUAUAAAGCAGAGUAUUUCUUAGUGCUGGCUGUGCUCAAUUCAGCCACGAACCCUAUCAUCUACACCUUAACUAACAAAGAAAUGCGAAGGGCUUUCAUCAAGAUUCUGUGCUGCUGCAAAUGUCCCCCCACAGACUCGGGGACUAAAUUCAAGAGGCCAAUCAUCGGAGGGAUGGAGUUCAGCCGGAGUAAGUCCGACAAUUCCUCCCACCCACAGAAGGAGGAAGGCGACCGUCCUGAAACCAUCAUGUCUUCAGGCAACGUUACCUCAUCUUCUUAAGGAGUGACCGUGGAGGUGUUUAGAGCCUUCCUCUGAAACUGGGAGCCGAGGCACCUCCUGCUCGCUGCAGCAGUGCUGGGCUGAGGAGCGAGUAGCAUUAGUUCUAACGAGGCCAAUGGUGCACUUGCGAGGCUGGAGUUCAAGAAAUGGGACACGCUGUUCUGGCUUGAAAAUCCAUUUCCCCGGAGCAUGUUUUGUCUUUGCAUUGGGGCAGCUCAGGAUUGUCAGGCGCAUUCAUAUCCUGAGAUCUCCUUAGUAACUCUGAAAGACUGAUGCCUUGGGGAAGUGAUGCCUGGUGUGUGCAAGAGAAUGAGAGUUGGGGAAGAGGCAAAGGGAGAAUGAAUCUUUUUUUUUCUUUUUUUUUGCCCUGUGAGAAGAAUGUGAAGUUAUUUUUCCUUUACUUGCAGCAAACCACUGACACAAAGCUCUUUCUGUACUGGGUUUAGUGAUGGCUCGUAUAGUUGGUCAGAAGUGUUUGUUUAACACAUAACAAGGAAAGAGAUCGUGCAGGUAUAAUUUAUACCACAGGCAGCCAUAAUUUGACAUCACCUUCCAGAGCUUUUAGUUAAAUAAUAAGGUUUUAUUUGCAGAGUCCAAAGCUGUUGGAGUUUUAUUUAGCAAGAUCAUAGCUGUGAAUUUUUGUUGGUGGUCCAUAUUACAUUUGAAGACCAAGAGCAGGCUCUGUAAUUACACUCACUUAAACAGUUCCAUGACUGUAUCAGAUUUCAUGGAAUCACUCAGAGCAGCAUUUGGCCCCAUGCGUUGUUUGCCAUGUUGUUAUAUAGCAUUAAAUAAACUGCAUUAUUGUGACAAAAUGCGAGGUGGAACUGAAAGUCACCUCAUAAAGAUGACAGAGAGUAAAUCUACUAGAAUAAAAUGCUGUUGGCAGCAGCAGGAUUUUUACUGAGGUAAAAAGAGCUAAAAACUGAAGGCAAAGGUUAGUGUCAGGUGACAAAGGCAAAAAGUAAAGAUUGGUUUCAUCGCCUGAAAAGAAAGCCUUGAGUUUCAGAAACGUAAGAUUUCAAGUGAAAUGACUAUAGAUAAAUGCACUUCCAUAACAAAAUGCAACACAUUUUGGCACAUUUUAUUAAUGUUCAUAAUUGCAGGAAAUCUGUUUGUAUUCUAUCACUUCGUGGCUUCAUGGGAGAAGUGCCUGUCAUUAAAAUGAAUGUAUUUGUUUUACAGUAUCGUUUUGACUUCUCUGGUUUUCUAACCUGUGCUAAUGGGGUUGAAUGUGUACAAUGUAAAUAAGUUAAUGAGAUACAGGAGUCUUCGCACCUAGAGUAUUACUAUAACAAAAGUGGUAUAUCUGGGAUAGCUGAGAGCAACUGACUGAUUGACAGUUACGGACAACUCCUAGAAGUGGUAUUUUGUAAAAAAAAAUAAAAUAAAAAUUAUUGCUUUUGUAGUAAAAUUUCCAGUGCAAUUAAAUUGUUUUUUGUUUUUUUUUUUCUGGUUUAAAAAAUAGUAUUUAAUAUGUUUCUGACUUCUGUUGUUCAAUUUGCACAUAGCUUUAUUGACUUCUAAACAUUAAUAAACUGAUUUUUGUAAAGA